GACCGAGCAGAUAGAAGCGUUACUACAGAGCUGCUGCUGCUGGAGGACGGGAGCCGAGGAUAAUGCUCCAUCCCUCAGCGUACAGCGGCACGCUGGACAUCUUGUAAUUUUCGUGGCGGCGGCGACCGUGGAGGAGGAGGGUCUUCAUUGUUGCAGCAGUGAUUGUCUUUCCUUUCUAUCCCCCCCUUCUUUAACCACAGUCUUCUUAAUCCUCUUCCUGCUCACUCCUUAUUCCUCUGCAACUGGCAACCACUGGGCACCCCCUCCUCUUUUUCUUACUUCUGUCCCUAUUUUUCCAGAGGGGAAUUCUGUAUUUCAUCAGGGAUUGUAGAAGACAUGUCUCACUAGGAAUGAUGGUGUUGCCACUUGUGCCGCCCUCUCUGUCGCCAUGACAAUGCCAUUUAGUCCCCUGUCCAGCGACGAGGAACAACAAAGGAUGCUGGGAAACAAUCGACAUCUUUAUCCAGGGGCAGAGGACGAGGAAGAGGAGGAAGAAGAGGAAGAGGAAGAAAUGGAAGAAGAAGAGCGUGAUGAGGACCAGGAGGAGGAGGAAAAUGGCGAGCUGGAGGGGGAAGAGGAAGACGAUGAGGAAGAGAUGGUGGAGGAGGUCAGACGAGGCGGCCCGUCACGGGGGAGCAGGGGUGAGGGACACAGGCAGUCAGGGAAAUUGGCCGGAAGACCCACCAGGGACAGACCGGUCCGGCCAGGUAACCCCGGACACGCCACAAACCCCUAUUCGUCCAAUCCUGGACCCACCCACCAACAGCCAGCCAAUCACAUACAGCAGCAGCAACAGCGGAGGCUGAAGGAGCGCAGCACAGGCACUGUGCCUUCUGAGGACACCCACAUUGCCAUGAUGGUGUUUCGCAUCGGUAUCCCAGACAUAAAGCAAACGAAAUGUUUGCGGUUUAACCCGGAUGCCACUGUGUGGAAGGCCAAGCAGCAGGUGCUCUGCUCCCUGACCGAAUCUCUUCGGGACGUCCUGAACUACGGACUGUUCCAACCCGCCACAGACGGCCAUGAUGCCAAGUUCCUGGAGGAGGAGAGGCUUCUCAAAGAGUACCCACAGUCCUUUGAGAAAGGAGUACCAUAUUUAGAGUUUCGAUACAAGACCCGGGUAUACAAACAGACCAAUCUGGAUGAGAAGCAACUGGCCAAACUGCACACUAAGGCUAGCCUGAAGAAAUUCAUGGAUUAUAUCCAAACCAGCGCUGUGGACAAGAUGGUCAAGUUCUUAGACAAAGGACUCGAUCCCAACUUUCAGGACCCUGACACCGGCGAAACUGCUCUGUCCCUGGCGGUGCAGUGUGAGCCGGGUGCAGGCGAGACCAUCCGGGUCCUGGUGGAGGGAGGGGCUCACAUUGACUUCCGCGCCAAAGAUGGACUCACACCUUUACACAAAGCUGUACGAGGCCACCGCCAUACAGCCCUGCUGGUCCUGCUGUCUCUGGGUGCAUCCCCGGACUACAAGGACCGGCGAGGGCUGACGCCGCUCUAUCACACUGUGCUGACAGGGGGGGACACCUCCUGCUGCGAAACACUGCUUUUCCACCGCGCCAAACUGGGCAUCAGGGACGAGAACGGCUGGGACGAGACACAUCAGGCCUGUCAGCAUGGUAACUCGCAGCAUCUGGAGCACCUCCUUUUCUACGGGGCAGAUUCUUCCUCCCAGAAUGCCUCUGGAAACACUGCCUUGCACAUCUGUGCUUUAUACAACAAGGAGAGCUGUUCACGAAUUCUGCUCUACCGGGGAGCAAAUAAAGACACAAAGAACAGCAGUGGGCAAACCCCCUUUCAGGUGGCUGUUAUGUCCGGCCAUUUUGAGCUGGGAGAAAUUAUCAAAAACCACCGGGAUACAGAUGUGGUUCCCUUUGUGGAGUCUCCAAAGUACGCCCCCCAGAGGCGGGAGAGCACCCGGACACUGACGAUCCCCAACCCUCAUCCUUUCCUCCGGGCCAACAGUGACAGCAGCAUGAACCUGCCAGACUGGAUGGCGGUGCCGAAUGCCCCAGGGACCAAUAUUGUCUCUGUGCAGGGCUACAAACACACAGGAACCCUGCGUAGCUCCAGCAGUCCCAGAGGGGCGAGGACGCGCUCCCCGUCCCGGGGAAGAAUCGGAGAAAAGGAGGACAGGAGCAGGCAGAGUCGGAGACAGGGGCCCGUCCCUGCCAGUGCAGCUGGACAAACCGCAGGCCAGCGGAGACGCCUCUACAGCGCUGUCCCGGGACGAGUCUUUGUAGCUACUCGAUCAAACUCUGCCCAAGGAGAGCGAGAAAUCAGCUUCAGUAAAGGAGACAGGGUCAAAGUGUUGAGUGUUGGCGAGGGCGGGUACUGGGAGGGGACGGUCAGGGGUCGCACGGGCUGGUUCCCCUCAGACUGUGUGGAGGAAGUAAUGCUUCGAAGCCAAGACAACCGAUCAGAGAGCCGGGGAGAACGAGCCAAAAGGCUGUUCCGCCAUUACACUGUGGGAUCCUAUGACAGCUUUGACGCUCCCAGUGACUAUAUAAUCAAGGAGAAGACAGUGCUUCUGCAGAAAAAAGACAGUGAGGGUUUCGGCUUUGUGUUGAGAGGAGCCAAAGCUCAGACUCCUAUCGAGGAGUUCACCCCCACCCCGGCUUUCCCUGCCCUGCAGUACCUGGAGUCAGUGGACGAGGGAGGCGUCGCCUGGAGAGCCGGUCUCAGGAUGGGGGAUUUCCUGAUAGAGGUCAAUGGUCAGAAUGUGGUGAAGGUUGGUCACCGACAGGUCGUCAACAUGAUCCGCCAAGGUGGCAACAGCCUCAUGGUCAAGGUUGUCAUGGUAACCCGCAACCCCGACAUGGAGGAGGGUUCGAGAAAGAAAAUCCCCCAGCAGAGCAAGAGGCUGAGCACUCCGGCUAUCGCCCUACGAUCCAAAUCCAUGACUUCCGAAUUGGAGGAGAUGGUGGAGAGAGCUGCUACCCCUUGGAAAAAAAAAUCAGAAUUCGAAUCCUCACAAGUUACAGAGAAGAAGAGGACAGUCUAUCAGAUGGCUUUGAAUAAACUAGAUGAAAUUCUUGCAGCAGCUCAGCAGACAAUCAGCACCAACGAGGCGCCUGGGACACGGGGACAGGGGCCAAAAAGAGACAGGGGGCGAAGUUUCUAUGGCAAUGAGCCAAACUACGGGGAUCAUUCCGGGAUGGGGAUGAUGUCGUCUGGGUUGGGCCUCGGCUUCGACCGUGGCCAGUACACCUCAGGUCACGGCCCUCCGCACGGUAUGCUGCGGCAGAAAUCCAUCGGGGUGCCUGAGGAGGAGAGACAGUACCUGCAUCCUCCAGCCAUGAAGUUUGCUCGCAGUCUGUCGGUUCCUGGCCCAGACGAAAUCCCUCCUCCUCCCACCACAGCUCCACCAGACCCACCAUUCUCCUCUGCUCCGCCACUAGGUUGGAGAGCAAAGUCAUCACAGCAGCCCUCUGUCUCUGUUUCACAGUCCACAUCCACCUCUGCGCACUACCAGCCCUACUCCCAGUCAGUGCACUUCACACAUGGGGGCAGGGAAAGGGCCGGUGGUCCCAGCACGGGCCCCAGUGACGGAGCGGUGGACAACACAACCUCGUAUGCACACGCAGCUGCCCAUACUGCUCAAAGUAGGACUGCUUCACGGAAGGUUGCGUAUACUGGGGAGUCUGUUGGAGGGGGCAUAGGUGCUAGUGGAGGGGCAAAGGCUGCAGGUCUUAGGAGAGGCUACAGCACCGCUGUCCCCCCAUCCAGCAUUGCUACUGUAAUGCCCCAGCAACAACAGUCUACCCAGAGCCAACCCCAGCGAGCAGACCGCAGUGCAGCUGGGGCUGGAGCAGGCGGUCCUAAAGGAGGGGCCCGGAGAGGCAAGGGCCCCCUAGUGAAGCAAUCCAAGGUAGAAGACCUGCGCAUGGCCCAGGGUACACUGGGGGGCAAAGGCUUGGUGGAGAAAAGCUCCAUCCCCAUACCAACCAUUAUUGUCAAGGCCCCUUCAACCAGCAGCAGUGGACGCAGCAGCCAGGGCAGCAGUGUGGAGGCCGACGCUCCUACAUCAGGGGAGACAGAUGAAGCCAAAACGCCUCAUGGUCCUCCUCCCUCCACUCCUGCUCCACAGCCCCCUUCUCCCCCUUCCAUCCCAGCGCCGCCGCCUCCAUCCUUGCCUUCUAUGCGAGCGCAGGAAAAUCUGGACUUCACCAGCCAGUUUGGGGCUGCCAUUGUUGGCGCAGCUCGGCGAGACAGGGAACGGUUUCAUGAAGCCCGUAGAAAGAGUGCCUCGUUGUUCAUGUCUGUUGAGGAGGAUGUAAGUCUUGGGGGGGUGAGUGAUGGAAUAACAAGGACUCAAGUGUCACAACAACAACAACAGCUUAACACACAGGGUGAAAGUUCAUCAACACGGCUUCGCCCGUCCAAGUCUAUUGAUGAGGGCAUGUUCUCUGGGGAUACUUUUUUCCAUCACACCCGCAGUAUGCCUCCAGCCUUUGGCCUGCCUGAGUACUCCACACCUGCCCUGGACUAUCAGCCUAAGUCUGUGCCUACUGACUUGUACACAGCAGCAGGCAGGCAGCCAGCAUCCUCCAGUACCACCACAUUCAUUCACCCUCUAACAGGAAAGGCUCUUGACCCUACGUCGCCACUAGGCCUCGCCCUGGCUGCCAGAGAGCGUGCUCUAAGGGAUGACAGCAGAUUGAGGAGGGGAACAGAUCACCACUUUACCCGACAGAUGUCGAGUGGGAUGUUUCCUUCAUCUACUGUCACUUCUCAGCCUGUGUCGUCAACCGCCCAGUCCUCCAGCUCUUCUUAUCUGGUCACCUCAUCUUCUCUGGCCGCUACCACAGCCACUGUUGGACGCCCACCCUCACCCAGAAUCCUCAGAGGAGUUGGGAGUGUGUGGAGUGAGGAAGGUGGUGGAGGAGAGAGGGAGCGGGAAGGAGGAGGGACUCGUGAGGGGCUAAGAGUUCGCUUCUCUGAGGACAAAACGGUCCACACACACCACUACCAGUCUCAGCCGUAUCAGCCAACCUACAAGGAGCGGGACCGGUCGAGGGAUCGGGAGAGGGAGCUGUCAAGAGAAAGAGAGAGGGACAAAGAGAGAGAGGGUUACAUGAGGAGGGCAGAACAGGCUGCUGCCAAUGCGGCAGCCGCUGAGAGCUCUGCUCAGCAGGCGUCCCAUUCUCAGCAGCCUCGGAGGCCCACAUUUCUCAGGAUGGAAAGUCAAGCUGAUGCCUAUAUCUUGUCCCUCACCCCUCCCUCUCCUCCACCUACCAGUACUCAGCAGACAGCAAACACUACUGGGAGCACUGGGACUGCUAUAAUGGUUCUUCCUCCCCCAGCCCCCUCAGUUGAUGUGGACGAUGAGUUUGUCUACGCAGACCCUCUCCCCCCUCCACUACAGUUUGCUAACAGCUUCGACAGGGGACUAUCAGGGUACUCACAACACGGGAUGCGCCCCAACAGCUUGACAUCCCGCCAACAGCAGGUCCCACCCCCUCCACCUCCACCUCCACCUCCUCCUCCACCACCACCCCCUCCACCCCCACAAAAAGAAUCAUUUGUAAGUGGGUUUCCUGCUCAUACACCCCUGCCCUCACCUCAGGCAGGGGACUCCACUGCCUCCAGCCUCACAUCUUACGACAGUGAGGUCGCUAACCUGACUCAGUCCGCUACGUCCCCCUCCCAAACGUCGCCCAAUCCCCUUCCCCCUCACUCUCCCUCUACUCUGCAGCCCACCUCAAUAGCGGGACCUCCGCCUCCCCCAUCAGUCUCACCACCGCCUCCUCCUGGAUCUUAUCACAGACCCUUCUCUAUGUCCCACCCCCACCACCUCUACAACAGCUCUCACACUCCUGGGCGCUCUUCCCCAACGCCUCCCCCGCACACAGUUGCGCCUCCCCCGGCCUACCGUAGUCACCCAGCGCCCUCUUCCACUGCUGCCACCUCUGCUCCACUUAGGGGCAAUGCCUCACAUGCCACGACCGCUAGCUGUGCCGCUACAACCACUUCUGCUGCCACCACAACAAACACCUCCACUCAGCUCUACCAUGAGCGUACACAUACGACAUCCUCCACCGCCAUCACUGGCAGUCGCAGGACAGGGGAGCACCAUCGUCCUCCCCCCGCUACUAAGAAAGGAGAGUCCCAAGAGACUGUAGUGGACUCUGGGAUUGAGGAACUGGACAGCCGCAGCAGCAGUGACCACCACCUCGACAGCAUCCUGGCCAGUGUCCGCAGUGACAGGCUGGACCGAGGGGAGAGAGGAGGACGGAUGGGAGGUGGGACAGGGGAACCAGAAAGGGGAGGAGAUUUUCUGGAGUCUUACAUGAGCUACCUGGACGGACAAACUUUUGAGAUGCAGAAUGCCACAGCUGCAGCCUCCACCUAUCCAAAAACCAACAGGUUCAGAGAGGGAGGUCGCACCAGUGAUCUACACAGACAAACCAGCACUGCUCCAGCAUCCUUCCACUCACACAGACGAAGAGAGGAGCAGGAAGAGGAUGAGGUCGAGGAAGGAGGGGAUGAAAGUGGCCGGGAUGGGUAUGGAGUAAGGGACAUGCAAAAUUUGGGACGCCCUAUUUCACCGUACUUUGAUCGCCCUCGCACUCCUGAGAUGAAGCCUCUAUGGGGCGAGGGGCAGAUGGCCGGUGACCAGUCUGGGUCACUUUUAGAGGGGAAAAAGAUUUACCCUCCUGCAUCCAGUAUGAAGCCCAGCAUCAUAAACGAGCUGAGCAGCAAACUGCAGCAAAGAACCAAGGACAGCUGGAGCAGCCAGAGACCACUAGGAAGACACAGAAGCAGAAACAGAUUUUCAGAAGACUCAGCCUCAGCUUUGAGCCCCCCCUCAGCUCGAUCCUUGUCACCGUCUCCGAUUUCAUUAUCGCAACCAUCGUUAUCCCCGUCCCCAACCCCUGCCUCUCAGUACCCCAACUGGGGACGAUCCCCAUCUCCUCAACCUCAACCUCCAGCUGCCUGUCAGCCUCCACGUUCACAUUCCCCAUUGUCUCCGACAUCUUAUGCCCCAUACCCCACUUCCCCCAAACACAGACCUGUCUACCGGACCAAAGCCCUUGAAUUCCAGUUCAUCCCUAGUCGUGACUCCCGUAAAGCAGAAUCACACAUGUUCCAGCGUAGGCGAGCACCCAGCCCCCUCAUCUCCCCGUCAGAGAGGCCAAAGCUAGGUCCCCCCCGGCCAUCAUCCCUUCCGCUCCUCCCCACCACACCUCUGUACAGUGCCAUGUAUGACCUCCGAGGUUCAAUCACCCCGCCAUCACCUGGGAACCCUCUUGGAGAUCCUUACUUCUCGCCCUCUCCUCCCCUGUUUGCCCCCUCUGGUGCCCCUCCUCCUCCAAACUCUACUUUAGUUGUCUCUCGAUCCCUCUCUCCAACUCAUUUCCUGUCCGGGACCUCUUCUCCGCCCCUGCACCCUCACCCUCCGCCUACAUGCCUGAGUUAUCCCCAUCUUCCGCCCCCUUCCCCUACAAAGCCUUUUGCCUCCAAGCCGCUUCCCUACUGGACCAAGUAUGACGUUGCAGACUGGCUAGGAUACCUGAACUUGGGUGAGCACAGAGAGCGUUUCCUGGACAACGAGAUUGACGGCAGCCACUUGCCCUCCUUAACUAAGGACGACUAUCUGGAUUUGGGUGUGACACGAGUAGGCCACCGCAUGAACAUAGAACGGGCCCUGAGGACCGUUAUGGACAGGAUGUCCAGCAGUCCAUUCCCCAUCUCUGUUCUCUCACCUCGAGAUGGACAGACUGAGAGGAGGAGGGACGACGGGAGUCGGAGCUGAGGUUGCAAACGCAUAAGCAGAAAGAAAGACAGAGUGAGAAAGAAAAGAGGGGUUGGAGUCAAUGAGGGAGGAAAACACAACUGCUGCUAUCCAUGGAGGAUUCACACAACACAUGAGGGGGGGGGGGAACAGAUUUCACACAGAGAGGACAGAAAGAGGGAGUCAAGUCCCAAAGGAAACACAGGGAUGGAAGAAGGGCUGACGAUCCAUAAAGACACCGGCUGGCGCUCCCCAGUUGUGGCAGGCUGAUUUAAACAAGUACACUCCCCACAUGCAUGUACGGACACACCAAUCAACAAACAAGUAACACAAAAACUUCAAAACAUACAAAUUCAGAUAUUAUGAGGGAUAAAACCGAAGCAAAUACUUUUUUGAGAGAGGAUUAAAUCUAAAGCCAGUUUGAUAAAAAAAAAAAAGAAGAAGAGCGGGUUGUGUUGUUGGCGAGCUCGAGAAAAAGAUAAAGGUGUUCUUCAUCGUGCGGGCAUCUUGUUGAGUAGUCUUCUUACGCCCACAGCCGGCUGUUCAGGUUUUACAAGUGGAACCCGCCAAGGGCGCAAUCAAGGACAACCCCCCCCGCACCCCCUUGUGUGAGUGGAUGUUAGUUUUAAACAUUGUGUCUGAAUUUUUGAGGAUGAAUGGGGGUCAAUGUGUGCAGAUGUGAGGCUUUGUCUGUCUGCAUGGUGAACGGAGGACGACGCAGGGCCGUAUAUCAGGACAGCUUCCACGUCUUUCAGAGGCGACGAGGGUUCAGACAGAUGACUUGGUUCAAACCAAGGAGGCUGUCUGUGUUUUCAGCUUUGGUUGGUUAUGUCUUGUUUUUACCUCACCACUGAUAGGGCUCUGUCCUCUCUGCAGAUCCUGUGAUCAGGAUCUUAUGGGUUUCUCUAUAGCUCUUUAUCAUCUUAAGUCUUAUAAUGACACAUAUACAGACUGGUCACUGUAUCACAAAUUUGUAGCAAAAUCAAGUGCCCAGACCAACAAAAAAAAAAAAUACAAAUAAAAUAAAGAAUCACAUUGAUACACACACACAGGCACCCCAGUUACUACUAUACAUGCCUGCAUGCAUACACCAACAUGUAGACACACACACUUGCAAGUAAUUGUGUUAAGAGUUUAUGGGACACCUUAUAUAUAGACACACUGUAUGUUCGGAUCCAAGAUAUACAAAAGGAGACAGACUGCUUUCAACUGUUAGACUGGAUAUGGGACAAUGGGAAGAGAAGUACCCCCGAGGAUUUUAUUUACCGAGAAGGACUUCCUCAGCGUUGGGGCAAGUGUUGUUCAACAGUUCAGACCUUCCGUCCGAGGGAGACUGGAAAGGAGAGGGGAGGGGAAGAGGAAAAACUGCCAUUUUCUUGCUCUUUCCCACCCAAUCGCCCCCGCUCCUUCCAGGAGUGGCCUUUCUCUCUCGACAAAAUCCAGAAGGAAACAAGCAGCCACCCAGCCGAGGGGAUCUGAGAGACAACGCUUAAUAUCGAGUUUUAAUACUAUGAUUGUUCUUACAAUUUUUAAACUUCAAAUGGGAAUACCGAUAUUGAUAUGAAGAGAUUUAUUGUUACCAUUUAUCAUUACUUCAUCGUCCUUACUGUUAUAGCUUCAGAGAGUUUCUGGCAUGGUGCUCUUGCGCAGUCAGUGUAUUUUCUGACUCUGUGAUGAAGAUGGUGUUGGUGAAAUAUACAAAUAUAUAUAUAUAUAAACAGUAUAUAGGUAUUUUUUACUAGAAAGAUGGAUAUUAUUUCUUGCACGGUACCCUUAACAUUGCUUUUAUGUGAUAAGAAGCAUUGCAACUUAAUGUGAAGCACAUUUUUAGAAACACUUAUUUUCUGCUUUCUGUUUUUCUUUCAGUAGACUGUAAAGCUUUAAUCAAAAUCAUGUCGACCUUUAUGGCCUCAAAGAUUUCCUCACUCUUUUAAAAGUCAGUUGCCACUUAAUAUGCAGUGACUAAAAGUGUAGCAACUGUUACUCUGGGGAUGCCCAAGAUACACAUAAGUGAAAAUGAUGUAUCACUUUAUUUAAGCUGUCCUUUUUUUCUUUCUAAAUUCUGGCCAUCAGACACCCCCUUUGGAUUAGUUACAUAUACAUUUCAUUCUCUUUCUGUGUCUUGAUGUGCCAUAUUGCAUUAACUUUAAUUUUUUACUUUCCUAUCAGCUUCCACUGCACAUGUACAUCUCAUUAUAACCUCAGUCCUGCUUUUCUCACUGCUGCUGAGAUCAAAUAUAAGGGCUCUCUCAUGACCUGUCUACCUUGAACAACACUUCACCUCUCCUGCCACUUUUGAGUCCUUGAACACAUAUCAAACGUCCGUUAUACAUCAGAUGACA